AUGAUUUCUUUGAAGAUAGGUAUUUGUAUGCCUAAAAGACUCUUUCUAAAGAUCGUGCAAGAUCUAGAGUCGAGUCACGCGUAUUUUCAGGACUCGUAUGAUGCCCGAUUGGCCAAGAGUUUUACACCGAUACAGAAGUGCACAUCUGCCAUCCGACAACUUGCAACCGGUAAUCCUCCUGAUGAGUACGACGAGUAUUUAGAGAUGGCCGGGAGAACAUCACGUGAAUGUCUUCAAAUUUUUUGUGACGCUAUCGUUGACACUUACAAGACCGAAUAUCUGCGUAAACCAACAACACAUGAUCUCCAUCGUUUGUUUGAAGCACACAAAGAAAGGCAUCACUUGCCUGGAAUGAUCGGUAGUCUGGAUUGUACACAUCUUGUUUGGAAGAUGUGUCCAAUGGAGUGGUGGGGGCAAUACAAAAGGGGUGAUCAUGAAUACCCCACUAUUAUGUUGGAAGCAACGGCGUCUCAAGAUUUAUGGAUUUGGUACGCCUUUUUUGGUCCUCCGGGUGCUUUAAAUGACAUCAAUGUGCUGCAACAAUCUCCCUUGUUCCUCCCCGAGCGUAUGGGCACUGCUCCUUACGUUCCAUUCAGUGUAAAUGGGCGUACUUAUAGACGUGGCUACUAUCUAGUCGAUGGCAUAUAUCUUACAUGGUCUACGUUUGUUAAAGCGUACAAAUACCCGACAGACGAGAAAGAAAAAAUGUUCAAAACGGCACAAGAGGCGGCUCGCAAAGAUAUUGAACGGGCAUUUGGUGUUCUCAAAGGAAAAUGA